AUGUCUUGUUGGGGGAACGGGUUCCGGUCUUUCUCCACUGCGGCAUCGCGGUCGAUCAGUCAACCCAACUCCUUCCAAGUCUUCCGCGACGUCCCUAAAUUACGCCAGUUGCGCCGACAACUUCUUCAAAAUGACCGCACUGUGGGCUUCGUACCAACUAUGGGUGCCCUACAUGAGGGUCAUCUAGCCUUGAUUCGAGAGGCUGCUCGCGAAAACACUGACAUUUUUGUCAGCAUUUUCGUCAAUCCUACUCAAUUCGGUGUCAAUGAAGACCUUUCCAGUUAUCCACGCACAUGGGACAGUGAUUUAGGGAAACUAGAAAAACUGAAUGAGGAGCUGGAGAGUUCUGAUGAUGGUGUGGGCAAAGGGCGGAUCACAGCUAUCUUUGCGCCGACGUCCAAGGUUAUGUACCCAGCCCUGCCACCUUCAUCCGAGAUCUAUGGAGAUGGUUCAUUUAUCACGAUCACUCCCAUCUCGAAAAAACUGGAAGGAGCCUCUCGCCCAGUUUUCUUCCGAGGCGUUGCGACUGUCUGCAUGAAGUUGUUCAACAUAACAACACCAGAUCGCGUCUACUUUGGGCAGAAAGAUGUACAGCAAUCGGUGGUCAUCAAGCGAAUGGUAGAAGAUUUUCACAUCGGGACCGAAGUACGUAUUGUCAACACUACACGUCAAGCUGAUGGAUUGGCUUUGAGCUCUCGAAACGUCUACCUCGGAGAUCGGAGACGUGCAGUGGGCCUUAGUAUGUUCACCGCGCUGAAGGCUGCAGAGGAAGCAUAUUUGUCUGGAAAGACUAGCAGGGAAGAUAUACUGGGAGCCGCACGAUCUGUGACCGAGCGCGUGCUCUCUGAACAAAAGACUCUCUCACCAUCGGAGAGGGCGUUAUUUGAAGUUGACUACAUCUCAUUGGCUGAUCCUCAGAGCCUGGAUGAGCUGGAUCUCGUCGAAUCUUCCAAGGGAGCUGUCUUGAGUGCAGCCCUGAAGAUGGCACCUCUGGAAGAGACGAGGCCCAAUGAGGACUGCGGUCUGGGAGAUGGCAAGGUUCCAGUACGAUUGAUUGACAACAUCAUUCUCCAACCGAGAGAAUAG